AUGCCUGCAGGCACGGCCAGGCCAUCGUGCCUUCCCACAUCGGCACCGGAUUGCACUUUCCUAGAUAGGUUAGUUCCCGCUGUCGAUCUCGUUAGUGCAGUUCAGGAAGGAGCGGGUCUGGACCGACUAAGUUCGACGUCUGUUUUGCUGGCAGACUUUGUUUGUCCCUAUAUUAGCGUCAUGGCCUCCAUACCGCCGGUAUCAUUGAGGCGAAUGGCCCAACAGACCGAAGUGAUCGCCCCCGAAGAUGAUUGGACGGGCCUGUCGAACGCUGCACAGCGCAGGAGGUUGCAGAACCGUCUCAACCAGAGAGCCCACCGAAGACGGAAGGCAAUGCAAUCUCAGAACAGCCCCAAUUCGGCUUCUAGUUCUACAUCUACGCGCCUCAGAUGGAUUGUAAUUACUCCCAAUAACGAAGCGCGUGGACCCCGGCGGAAAAAGCAUGGGGACAACAGUGCGCAUGAUCCCAAAGGGCAAGCUGAAAGAGUCCGUUCACCGUCGUCGGCUCCCGGUCUGGAGCUUAUGAAGCAGAGAAAACCAGCCCAUAUCUGCGAACUGAGUGCUGCUGCAUCCUACGCUGUACUGAAGCGGUUGCAGGAUGACGUAUACAAAGGCCUCAUGCAAGGCUCUCCUCGCGCAGAUCUCCUAAUUUCCCUGACGCAAUUUAAUCUACUGAGAGCAAUGAUUACCAAUAUCCUCAGUUUGGGCCUGACCGUAGAGAUUCUCAAGGAGGAUAUCGUCUCACCUUUCAACACCCUGGGUCCCUGGACGCCGGAAACAGCCUUGCCGCCCAGUCUACGCCCAACUUCACUGCAGAAGCAGAUCCUUCACCACCCGUGGAUCGAUCCGCUUCCCAUACCGUCCGUUCGGGACGUGCUCCUGCGGAUGGAGGGUCAGUACGACGAUAUGGAGCUCUGCGGCGACCUCCUGGGCGAUUGUGGCGCGCAGACGAGCCAACCUGGGCUCAUUAUUUGGGGAGAAUAUUGGGAUCCGUAUGGGUUCGAAGUUACCGAGGAGUUUGCCAGGAAGUGGGGUUGGAUGUUCCCUGAAUGUUCGGAAAUUAUCCAGUCCACAAAUUACUGGAGGGCAAAGCGAGGAGAGGAGCCACUAUUCAUGCAAUCUGACCAGCUGCAAAUACACUCCUAUCCUGAUAACGAUCUCAUGUCUUCAUCUGGUCUUGUUCAAGAAGUGACUGGAGACGAUUCGUCACUUGGACCUGGAACGACAACAGGAUGA